UGAUGAUGUAAUUUAUGUGCGACAAAAUACUCCUUCUCGCGUGCGCCACCGUCGCGUGUUUCCCACAACAGUCAUGACUGCCGUUGGUUUCUGUGGAGAGUGGUUUAUUUUCACCUGCGACAAGAAACUUGUCGCAAUUCACACUAAAAAGACCAGAGAACCAUUUGUGUUUGACUGCAGCACUGCUGAGAAGAGGCCAAAAAAUACAAAGGAUGACAACAGUGAUGACGGUGCCUCAGAGGAAACAGGAACUGACAAAGUCCUUGCUUUCGCAAUGUCUCCUUCUGGAAAACUGGUAGCACUUACUGAUGACACGAAGAGGCUGGUUCUGUUUCACUGUGAGCCUUCAUGGCAAUGUAUCAGCAUCAGGUGGGUGAUGAGGCGGUGUACAUCAAUGGUGUUCAGCCAGGCCGAGGAUGAGCUACUAGUGGCAGACAAAUCGGGAGAUGUGUACUCCUUCUCAGUGGUGGAGCCACAGAAAGAGGGCAAGCUGAAGAUGGGCCACCUGUCCAUGUUGCUCGCUGUAACCAUGUCACUAGAUGACAAGUACAUCAUUACAGCUGACCGUGAUGAGAAGAUCAGAGUAAGCCAUCUCAGGUGUCCAUACAACAUCCAGUCCUUCUGCCUGGGACAUCAACAGUUUGUCAGUGCCUUACUGGUCCCCUCAGGUCAUUCCCACUGUCUAUUGUCUGGAUCAGGGGACGGGACCGUGAAGCUGUGGGAGUAUGAAUCUGGCCGUAGACUACAAAGCUUGGACCUCAAAGAGCUUGAAGAGACACAGAGCUCUGAGGCUGACAAAGAGAAGAAGACAACUGUGUGCCGAAUUGCCAGCUCCCCUGAUGGAUGCCACAUAGCUGUGCAGUGUGAAAGAUUGUCCACAAUUCAGUUUUUCACUCUGGACAAGGUGGGUGAAGAGAGGUUAGUGCCUCACACCAGGCUCUCCUUGCCCCACUGUCCCCUGGACAUAACCUUUGACCCAAAGGGAUGUCUCUGGGUGCUAAUGGACUCCAAUGAUGCACCUCUCCAAACCUACACACACAGACAAGGCUCCUGGGAGUGUGAUGCUGACAGCCCUGAAGUCAACACAGUGACUGAGGCCCUAAAGCCACACUGGGAGACACUUGAAGCCUCUGCAAGGACCAACAGCAGCUUUGAACAUCUUUACAAGGUGAGUUUUGACAAUGUGACGGCAUACAUGCAGAAGAAACAGCAGAGACUGGAGGAGCAGCAGCUGAAGAGGACGAAAAUGCUGAAAGCAAACAACAACAAGAAGAAGGCCAAGAAGGAGACAUCAGGAACUGUAACUCAAUCAUCUACCUGAACUGACAAUUUGAAAAGAGUGUUAUUAUUUCCUUUAUGUUUGAUGCUUUGAAUGAUGAAUCUAAGUUGAAUGUGCACAUUGAUGAAGAAUAGUGUAUGCUUUGCCACUUGGCUUGUGUAGAUGGAUUUUUGUUUUCCUCAAAUUUCUGCCAGAUUUUUAAAAAUAAACAUUGCAGCUAAAAACUGCA